AUGGAUUACUUUGAUGGGAAUGGAGGAAAUCGUGUCUGCCUGAGACUGACUUUCACCCCUGUGGCAGAUGAAGAGGUGGAAGUGGGAACAGGACAACUGACCACUGACAACUGGAUACCACCAACUCACCACUACCAACUGGCCACCAGACACUUCUACACUGCCAACUUGCCACCAGGACAACUGCUCGCUGGACAGUACAUGGCAUUCAUCCAGUACCACAAACAGAACCACCUUCAACUCCAUGAACAGAACCCUGGGGAGCAGAUGGCUCUGCUCACAGUGCUCCGACUUUUACAAGGAAACUGCAUAUAUAAUGGGGAGUGUACGUUCACUGCUCAUAUUUGCAACCAGAUUAAGGAUGAAGAGGAUGAACAUGUAAGGAUGGAGAGCAGAACAAUCCUUCCAACAAUCUAUGAGGAUGCAGUCAGAGACCUGCUUCAGCACCUAGACACUCAAAAUUCUAUGGGACCAGGUGGGAUUCACCUGAGGGUACUGAGAGAGCUGGCAAAGGAGAUCACCAAGUUUCUCUCUAUCUUCUACCAACAGUCCUGGAUAACAGGGGAGGUCCCAGAUGACUGGAGACUUGCCAGUGUGACGCCCACCUACAAGAAGGACCCAAAGAAGGAUCCUGUGAACUACAGGCCUGUCCGCCUGACCUCAGUACCAGGGAAAAACAUGGAGAGACUCAUCUUGAGUGCACUCACAUGGCAAAUGCAGGACAGCCGUGGGAUCAGGCCCAGCAAGCAUGGAUUCAGGAAAGGCAGAUCCUGCUUGACUAACCUGAUCUCCUUCUAUGAUCGGGUGACCCGCCUGGUGGAUGAGGGAAGAGCUUUGGAUGUCGUCUGUCUGGGCUUUGGAAAGGCCUUUGUCACUGUCUCUCACAGCAUCCUCCUAGAGAAGCUGGUGGCUCAUGGCAUAGACAGGAACUUCUAUUACAUCACGAUGCUGAGGGAUCCUGUGUCACGCUACUUGAGUGAGUGGAAACAUGUCCAGAGGGGUGCGACGUGGAAAACUUCCCUUCAUAUGUGCGAUGGAAGAAGCCCAACACCAGACGAGCUGCCCACCUGUUACGAAGGAGACGACUGGUCUGGAGUCAGUUUGCAGGAAUUCAUGGAUUGUACCUACAACUUGGCCAACAACCGCCAGGUGCGCAUGCUGGCAGACCUCAGCCUGGUGGGAUGCUACAACUUGACUUCUAUGAAUGAGAGUGAAAGAAAUACGAUUCUUCUCCAAAGCGCCAAGAACAAUCUGAAAAACAUGGCCUUCUUUGGGCUCACAGAGUUUCAGAGGAAAACCCAGUAUCUCUUUGAGAGGACCUUCAACCUGAAGUUCAUUUCCCCAUUCACCCAGCUCAACGUGACGCGGGCCUCCAACGUGGACAUUGAUGAGGAUGUGAGGCAGAGGAUAGAGGAGCUGAAUUUCUUGGAUGUGCAGCUGUACGAAUACGCCAAGGACCUGUUCCUGCAGCGCUUCCAGUACUCCAAGCAAGAGGAGCAUCAGCAGAACCGUUUAAAGAGGCGAGAGGAGCGGCGGCUGCUGCGGGAGCAGAGAGCUCACCAGUGGCCCCGGGAAGAGGCAGCAGAAGUAGCUGUCACUGAAGAUUAUAACAGUCAGGUUGCAAGGUGGUGAUGCUCCUCCAUCUUGACUAACCAAUGAGAGGAUCAGAGAGUUUGUGCCACUUGGCAACUUGGGACAUAGCCAAGGAGGGCUUACUGCUUUAGUAAAUGAGACCAUGUCUGAAAACUGCUCCUCCUUGUCUCUGUUUUUCUUGUUUUCUGCCAGUGAGGAGAAUGUAUUUUUUUCUCAGUAGGCUUUGGUUAGUGUUAUUAAAUGGCAGUAGAAUAGAUUCCUGUCCGAAAAGACUUCCUUCAAAGCCCUAAGCUAUGAGGAUGUGUUGAAGAG